UGCACAGGGAAUAUAUUUAGCUACAUGACUGGUUAUAUGCUGACUGGUUUGUUAGUUGUUGGCACACUAGUCGUGAAAAAGGAUUAAAACUCUAAAUAACCGUUGUUUUCCAUAAAGGUUGUUAAGAACGGAGUCUGAAAGGGAAUACCAGCAAGACUACACCCAAAUGCUUAUGCACAAACAUGGCUCAGCCAUCAGAAGUUUUCGGUGAUGAUGAAAGCUUUGUGAAUGUUUACAAUGAUUCGACAUUGAACAGCGACACUCUCGAACAAGACGGGACACUGCUGCCGAUGACCGACAUGGUCCAUAGAGCACCUAAUGACGAUAUUACAUGUAUAUCCAACACAACAGAAAGCAGCAGUCCUCCCACGGACUUCAUGCUAUCACCGUGGAAUUCAAAUUCUGAUGCCGAACGAAGUUGUGAUAUCAUUGACUUAAAAGACGUGUGUAGAACGGAACAUGUGUAUCAAAUGCAAACUAAAGAUCUCACAAGAAACGAUGAUAACAUUUUUGAGGAUAAUGCACGGCCAAAUCGAGAAACUGCCAAGCUAACGUUUCCGCCUUGUUACGUGUGCGGUGCUAAGGCAUGUGGUUGCCAUUACGGCGUCAUUUCAUGUGCGGCAUGCAAAGGGUGUUUCAGAAGGUAUUUGUUAAGGAAAGAUAGUUACACUUGUAAAAAGGGAGGUAAUUGUGUUCUUAAUGAUAAGGCCAGAGGACACUGUAAAGGCUGCCGAUUAAAGAAAUGCCUUGAGGUAGGAAUGUCAAAAGAAAAAUCGAGUAUAGGUAGAUACAAACUGUCCAAGCGAACAGAAACCAUAAUUGAGGCAAAGUCUUCGACAGGUGCAAGCACACAAGUAGAGGGAGAUAGUGAUAAAGAAAAACAAGUUAAAAACCAAGAAAGCGUCAUGGAUUUAGAUGCAUCGCUAGCUAUCGUUUACUCAAAGCUAUCGCGAUGUUGUAUUGGAUCUGAGAAGCCGAACGAGUUUACUGAUGACAUUGUCAGGAAAAUGGCAGAACUAUUAGGUAUAAUGCGAAUCUUUUCAGUGGGCAAUCUAAAGGAUGAAGAUGUCCCAAAAGCUCUUGAAGAUGCGGCAGAAAAUCAUAAACGGAGGACAGAACUGUUUGGAAGUUUGAAGGCAAUUAGUUGGACCGAGUUUACGGAGAUUUACAAACAACACGGACUUGAUAUAGAUGGACGUGUUGCUGACAUUGAGGAAAGUGUACAGGAACUGGACGAGUGGCUUGAGAGCAUUUGUGACUUUGUAAAAGAAAUACCAUUGUAUUCGUCUAUGCCAGUGCGUGACCAGGUCAAUCUUAUCAAAGCAAGUAUUAAUGAAUUAGAUAUCUUAUUAACUUUCAGGGAAUUUAGUGCUGAAGACAAAAUCUUUAUACGAAUGGGAAAGGUUUAUCAUGAAGAAGACGUAGUAGACAAAUACAUUUCAAAGCGGAACUUUGAUCAAAUGUUACAUUGCCAUGUCAAGCUACAGAAACUCAAUCCAAACACAACAGAAAAUGCGUUGAUGUGUGCUUUAGUUGUGUUCUCAACCGGCCGAUGCAAGCUCAUCAACCCACGAUUAGUCGAAAAGUGCCAAGCCAUGACAGCCGAUCGUCUGCAAAUGGAAGUGAGAAGACAACACGCGGACUCGUCUCGAAGGUUUGCUAAAAUCAUGGACUGCCUUGUCGACACAAGGGGCAUUUCUGACAUGUUUAAUGACGACUGCCAAGAAUUUCAUACAAACGAGAUUAUGCAAGAGAAGAUGCUUUUUUAGCAGAGCUCAUUCCGGAAGAAGAUUAGGUCGUAGGGUAAUUAAAUGAUGAUACCCGAUGGAAUAUACCCUUCGCCUUUCAUGCUUAGUCAUUGUUUUAACAGUACAUUGAAAAGGUGAAAUUUAACGAAUCUGCAAUUAAUGGGAUAUAUGAUCCGGAUAUACAUUUAACGGCAACAGCUUAAUAAGACAUAGUGUAUGGUUAAGCUGAAGAAAUUCCAUUCAAGCCCAACAGAACAUUCACUGAUGUGUGCCUCAGUUGUAUUCUCACUAGGCCGAUGUAAUUUCAUUAACCAACGAGUAGAGAUGUAUCCAGCCAAGACAGCUGAAAAUGAAGAAGCAUCGAGCGAUCUCGUGUCGAAGGCUUGUUUUAAUCAUGGACUGCCUGAUCGACACAUGGGGUAUUUCUGGGCGAUACUAUUUCCCGGUCUCUCGCCGUAUUAUCCGGUCUCAUCCGGUCUCCUAAUUCCCGGCCCCUAAGGAUUUCACUAACUUAUUGCUUCAGGCAACGGAUUGUGGUUAAUAUAUUUGAAAAAUGAUAUAUUGCAUUUUUUUUCUCUUAUUGAAAGCAAAUAAAAGUGUCAAUUUUG